AUGGAUUUGCUGAAGGUACAGUUUGAGCCAAAGUUCAGUGCUAACACAUUUCAAGAACUUCAGAAGACUGGUGAAGCUUCAACACCUGAUCAUUUACUCACCCCUACUCCAGGCCUUACUCACAGGGCUCCUUCUACCCACGCUGAUCUGGACUCAGGACAACGGCCUCCAGGCCUCCCCAAGUCUACAGCAACCCAGAAGCCCAAAAAACAGUGCAACAAAGUUCGCCUUGCCAAACCAGUUCAUAAACCUAUAGACAACUCCAAAGCCAUUGACUACCAAAACACCACUGUUCAUUAUGAAAUGACUCCUGUUUUGGAAAAGAAGGCCAGCAGCCAAAGCAAAGACCCGAUGAUCCGGAAUGGACGCUCAGCUGAUGACCCCAAAUCCACUAACACAGAGAAAGGAUCAGAGGGACGUCAUUCAACCUCAGCACCCAGGAGGAGAACGACGUGUAAGUCUACAACAAGCAAAGCCAGAAUAACGAGGAACUCGGGUACACCAGCCAGACCUGUGGACACCAGCGCGAGGCUAAGGACCACCUCACCUAAACCCACAACUCCUUCCCAUGACUCAGAGCUCCGCGGAGAAACCACAUCUUCCUCAGUAAAAUCCUCAGAAGCCCCAAGGACCUCAUACAGGACUCCAAGGACUCCAGCAACACCAGGAGAGGAAGAUCACAGGACUCCAUUUGCCUCAGACAAGCCUGUCCAAGUGACUACAGAACACAUCAAAGAGACCACAUCAGUCAGUGAGAGGACCACAAGACCCCAAGCAACACCCACUCGGUAUGAAAGAGACACCACAUCAGCCAAUGAGAGGACCACACAAUCUCAAGUGAUGCUUACAGACUAUGAAAGAGAAAGUGUAUCGGUCAAUAGGAAAACCACAAGAUCCCAAGCAACACCCACUCAGUAUGAAAGAGAGACCACAUCGAGGCCAAUGAAACACCCAGGAGGAGGCAUGCUGCUAUCAACCACCCAGAAAGCCACAAAAGUCUCAGAAAGUCCCACAGUAUUCUGGAGGAAAACCACACUGGCCACUAAGACUAUGAAAACUACAGGAAACCCAGAGAAAACAGUGGCAGUUUUAAUGUCCACGGGACCUCCAGUCAAGGCCACAGAGGACAAGUCCACUGCUUUCUCUCCUCAUUUCCAUAAAAUUGAGACCACACACCAGGGACUCAUUGACUCUGUAACAACUAGAAGGGACCUGGGACUCCUCACUUCAGAAGCUCAUCACGCUCAGCAGAACAGCCAGAGCUCACCCGGAGGCCUCCACACUGCUGGGGCCAGGCAGGAGAGCAAUUCGUUCCCUGCAUGGGCCAUAGUUGUUGUGAUCCUCCUGGCCGUGAUUGUCCUGCUGAUCUCUGUUGGCCUGAUCUGUUUGGUUGCCUGCGCAUCGCGAACACGCCGUGUGCUGGCCCAGAACUCAGAGGAUGCUGACUUUGAGGAUGGAGGGGGCCACAAUUCCUACCCCGUCUACCUGAUGGAGCAGCAGAAUCUGAAACCAAACCAGAUUCCUUCCCCUCCGUGAUCUUGAGACCUGAAUCCCCAGCUCUUCCAGGCUUUGCCCCUUUCCUGGGAGAUGAAUUAGACUCAUGACUCCAACUUCCUGGACUUAGAAAGGGCAGCAAAAACUGACAGAUUACAGCUGUAAGCCCUAUUGGCCACGUUCUUAACUGACUAGUUGAGGAGCAAGGUGGUAAGGGUGACAGCGUACAUUGGGAGGAAAGAGAAGAAUGAAUAAUGCAAGUGCUCUCCAUAGAAAGUGGCAGUGUGAGAAUAAGGCAUUUUAUGGACAGGGGUGGGACCAGGACAAGACCCCAGGUUCUGAGAGAGGCACUUCAGAAGACAGCACCCCAAGAGUGAAAUAAGACCCUGGGGGGCAGGAGGAAUGGAGGCAAGUACCCCAGAUUUAAAACCUGACUUAUAGUGGCUGGAGA